AUGGCUACCGCAAUGGACCACCUCUCAUCGGGCUCGACGAAGAUCGAGUGGCUCUCGCAGCUGAACACCGAAUUCAAGCCCACGAAGAAUUACCGCCGUACUUCAAUCAUCUGCACAAUUGGCCCCAAGACAAACUCCGUCAAGGCUAUCAACGAGCUCCGAACUGCCGGUCUCAAUGUUGUUCGCAUGAACUUCUCCCACGGUUCCUACGAGUAUCACCAGUCCGUCAUUGACAAUGCCCGCGCAGCCGAGAAGGCCCAGUCUGGGCGUCAGCUUGCUAUUGCUCUGGACACCAAGGGCCCCGAGAUCAGAACUGGAAACACUGCUGGAGAUAUAGACAUCCCGAUCGCGGCCGGCGCCGAGAUCAACAUUACCACCGACGACAAAUAUGCUACUUCGUGUGACGAUAAGAACAUGUAUGUCGACUACAAGAACAUCACCAAGGUGAUCGAGAAGGGCCGCAUCAUCUAUGUUGACGACGGAGUCCUUGCCUUUGAUGUCCUCGACGUUGUUGACGACAAGACUAUCCGUGCCCGUGCCCGGAACAAUGGCAAGAUUUCCUCCAAGAAGGGUGUCAACCUCCCCAACACCGAUGUCGACCUUCCAGCCUUGUCCGAGAAGGACCAAGCCGAUCUCCGAUUUGGUGUCAAGAACAACGUUGAUAUGGUUUUUGCCUCCUUCAUUCGCAGAGGAGAUGACAUCAAGUCUAUCCGCAAGGUCCUUGGAGAAGAUGGAGCCCACAUCCAGAUCAUUGCCAAGAUCGAGAACAGACAAGGUCUAAACAAUUUUGCUGAGAUCCUCGAGGAGACUGAUGGUGUUAUGGUCGCUCGUGGUGACUUGGGUAUUGAGAUCCCAGCCGCUGAGGUGUUUGCAGCCCAGAAGAAGAUGAUUGCCAUGUGCAACAUCGCCGGAAAGCCAGUCAUCUGUGCCACUCAAAUGCUCGAGUCCAUGAUCUACAACCCGCGCCCCACCCGCGCCGAGAUCAGUGAUGUGGGUAAUGCUGUUACGGAUGGUGCCGACUGUGUCAUGUUGUCCGGUGAGACUGCCAAGGGUAGUUAUCCAAACGAAG